UCAGAGUCCUUGUCACAAUAUCAACUGGUUAACUAGCUCCUUGUGUUGAAUGGAGAUAGUGAACAUCAACUCGUCUGUAUUUUCAAGUAUAAGAUGGUGUUGAUAAACUAAUCAGCCAUGUCGUCACACAAAGGACACGCUAACGGCCGGGCCUCGCCUCGCACCGACACUUUGGACCCGCUACAGAACAAACCACCGGCCAAGUCCGGCAUCCGGCCCGAUGGAUUUCCUGUCCUUCCUCCGAUCCGCAAGCCGGAGAACCCGCGGGUGGACCCGUACGCCAACAGCAAACUGCUCACCUACAGACUGGCCAACACACAGAAAAGUCUGCUCAUGAAGAUCCUGAACAAAGAGGCGGCUCAGGUGGCCGGCGAGGAAAACUUUUACUUCCGAGAACACAAGGACGAUCCGAAACCUGAGGAACCGGGGAUGCCUGAUGAG